GCCUGCUUGUAUUCUCUGUCAAAUAAAUUAAAAAAAUUUUUUUUUCAGCCAACAAAAUAAAUCAUUGGACUAAUUGGUAUUUAAAUUAUGCUUUCAAAGGCCAAAGGACAUUGUAAAUAAUCAGGUGAGGUAGAUAAGAGAUAACUGUAAAUAAGGUAGACGCCAGAGUUGAAAACACCGGCAGUUAACAAGCAGAUUGGAGGAAUAUGUUAGUUUUUUUUUUUUCCCCUUCUAUUUUUGAUGGAAAACAGGUUUUGGUCUAAAUGUAGUGGCGGUCUUGGGAUUCAGGGAGUGAAUGUCACUACCAUUAUCUUCAUUUGGAGCCCUAGGAAGCAAGUUAUUUGUCCAAUCAGAAUGAGUAUCUAUAUCUAGUAGUAGAGUUUGGUAGGGUUUCAUUUUUCCGUCAGCAACCCGUUGUGGUUAAUUUUGGGAUGGCUCGCACGAAGCAGAUGGCGCGCAAGUCGACCGGCGGCAAGGCCCCGCGCAAGCAGCUGGUCACCAAGGCGGCCCGCAAGAGCGCGCCGGCCACGGGCGGCGUGAAGAAGCCGCACCGCUACCGGCCCAGCACGGUGGCCCUGCGCGAGAUCCGGCGCUACCAGAAGUCCACCGAGCUGCUGAUCCGCAAGCUGCCGUUCCAGCGGCUGGUGCGCGAGAUCGCGCAGGACUUCAAGACCGACCUGCGCUUCCAGAGCUCGGCCGUCAUGGCGCUGCAGGAGGCGUGCGAGGCCUACCUGGUGGGGCUCUUCGAGGACACCAACCUCUGCGCCAUCCACGCCAAGCGCGUCACCAUCAUGCCCAAGGACAUCCAGCUGGCGCGCCGCAUCCGCGGCGAGAGGGCCUAAAUUCUUUAGUGCCAGUGAUGAGAACCUUUGAACCUUAAGUUCCAAGGCUCUUUUCAGAGCCAAUGACCUUUUCUGGGAAAGAUUGCUGUGUACUUAUUUUAGGUUUCUUACAUUGUGACAGAUACUGGAGAAACCAAGUGCUACCACAUUUUCCAUAAGGCUAACUGUGUGGCUUGGAAAGAGCCGUUGAAUUAUUCUCAGCUAGCUAAACUCUUACUUCUUGGGGUUGGGCGCCUUGGCCUUCUUCGGACUCUUGGCCACUUUCUUGGCGACAGCCCCCGCGGCCUUCUUGGGCUUCUUGGCUGCCCCGGUCGCCGCCUUGGGCUUGGCCGCGCCCGCCUUCUUGGCCUUGGGC